AUUAACAAAAAAACUAAAAUUUUUAGUUUUAAUAAUUUCAUCAACAUUAUUUCUAAAUACUUCAGAGUCGCUACGAGAUAAUCAGCUCGAAUGAUAAUUGAUUAUUAUUCAUAAUAUAGUCAUUGCAGCCAUCUGAAAUCAACAAUCGAUAAAGUUCACAGAGCUUCCAACGCAGUUGUCACAUACAUCCGAGCGUCUAUUAGUCAAGGCGGAUUGCGAAUACUCCAUUUUUUGAGAUAGCGAAUUAUUUUUCCCAUAAAAAAAAAGUCCAUCAAACGAUUGAAAAUGGAUCUUCUGGGGUCGAUAUUGAAUUCUAUGGAUAAGCCUCCAUCAAUCAGUGACAAACAAAAAGCUCUGAUAAAAAAGCAACGCGAAGAGGAAGUGAAACGUCACAAAGCUGAAGCAGAAAAACUGAAGAUCUUCAGAGAAAAGGUAGAAGAAAAAGUGAACAAAUUUCUGCAAGAUGAUACAGCUAAGGAAUACAAGUUUCCUCCAAUGGAUCAAGUUUACAGAAGCAUUGUUCAUGACGUAGCAGAGGUUGCCAGUGUGUGGGCGUAUUCGUUUGGGGAAGAGGGAGUCGACAGGCACAUCAUGAUAUUCAAAAGAGAGCAUGCUCCGACAGAUGAUCAAUUGAACGUUUUGCGUAGAGGUGAAGAAUGGAACGAAGAAAUAGCAAAACGAAUACAAGAAGAAAGAGAGAAGCAAGCUAAGGAAGAUGAAGAAUUUAGUAAAAGCAGAAAGAGGAAGAACGAUUUUGUUCCGAAUAGCAAUUACAAAGAAAAGUAUGAACAUUUAAUUGGGAAAGAGUCUGCGCUAGAAGCCGCUCGAAAAACUGAAGCCAACAGUAGCUAUGGAUUUGUUCCCAGCGAAAAUAAAAAAGAUCAGCGAAGCAUAGAACAAACACUCGCCGACAUAAGGGCCAAGAAGAAAAAAUUGGAAGUCGCAAACCAAGACGCCAAAUCCAAAGAUUGCGAAAAUAGUAACCAAUGAAGAUUUACCAAUUAAGAUAUGAAUGUUAUGAUUUCAUUGUAAAUAUUUAGACAUUGAUUGAUAUUUAUACAUGCACAAUGAUUUUAUAAGACAAAUCGAAAUAAUCGCAACUUAUUUGCGGUUGUUUCUCACUGUGGUAUAAUCAUUAAAACUAGGAUCAAUCCUCGAAUUUAACUGCAAUUUAGCAGUUCGCCUUCCUACAAUAUAAAAGUUCCAAAUAUUUGUUCCCUGUAGUAAAUCAGCAGACUUGUUGUUGAACGUCUUCUUAAAAAACGUAACGCCAAAAACCUCGAAUUAGUUGCUAGAAAAACGACAAAUUGUUGGUAGAUACAAAUUGAUUAUAAAUAAUCAACUAUGUUUUAUUUAUUCUACUCUGUACAAUAUAUUACAAGGUAUUCCAAUGUA